ACAAAUAGCAUCUAUCAAAAAAAAAACAAGAAUCUCCCUUUCUAAUAAUUCUUCUAAAAAAAUCUCACCUAAAGAUCUCACACAGUAUUCAGUACAAACUUUGGUUAAUGAACAAUCAACCAUUUUUGCAUCUUACCUGUUUAUUAAGUUUCAAGAAAAUGGCUUUAAAAAAGACCCUUUUGUUCUUUCUAUCUGUUUUGUUAGUGAGGGUAGUGGAAUCUGAUAUUGGAGUUAAUUGGGGUACAAUUUCUUUACACAAAAUGUCACCUUCAACUGUAGUUGAUCUUCUAAAAGAAAACAAGAUUCAGAAAGUUAAGUUAUUUGAUGCUGACCAAGAUGUAAUGAAAGGUUUAAUGGGAAGUGGACUUGAAGUUAUGGUUGGAAUACCAAAUGAUAUGUUGGCACUUAUUAGUUCUUCUACUAAUGCUGCUGAUUUGUGGGUUGCUCAAAAUGUUUCAAGAUAUAUGGUUAAAGGAGGUGUUAAUAUCAAGUACGUUGCAGUUGGCAAUGAGCCUUUUCUUACAAGUUAUUCCGGUCAGUACCAAUCAUACGUCGUCCCAGCUAUGACGAAUUUGCAACAGUCUUUAGCUAAAGCAAAUCUUGCUAGGAACGUAAAGCUCGUAGUCCCAUGCAAUGCCGAUGCCUACGAAUCUUCCCUUCCAUCACAAGGAACCUUCCGACCCGAAUUGACUCAGAUCAUAACCCAGAUGGUUUCACUUCUCAACUCUAACGGUUCACCAUUUGUGGUAAAUAUCUAUCCAUUCCUCAGCCUAUACGGAAACUCAGACUUCCCUCAAGAUUAUGCUUUUUUUGAAGGGACUACACAUGCUGUGACCGAUGGGUCUAACGUCUACUAUAAUGCGUUCGAUGGAAAUUUGGACACGUUAAUAGCCGCCCUCGCAAAAAUCGGAUACGGUCAGAUGCCUAUAGUUAUAGGAGAGAUCGGCUGGCCUACCGACGGAGCAGUUGGUGCCAAUGUUACGGCUGCACGGGUCUUUAACCAAGGGCUCGUGAAACAUGUUUUGAGCAACAAAGGAACUCCACUUAGGCCCGGGGUUCCUCCGAUGGAUGUUUAUCUUUUCAGUCUUCUAGACGAAGGUGCGAAAAGCGUGCUCCCGGGUAACUUUGAGAGGCACUGGGGGAUCUUCUCUUUCGAUGGCCAGUCGAAAUAUUCAUUGAACCUCGGAAAUGGUCUGUUAAAGAAUGCAAAGGACGUUCAAUAUCUCCCAUACAGGUGGUGUGUCGCGAACCCCACCAAAAAUCUUGCUGAAGUAACGAACCAUGUUAAACUUGCUUGUACUUAUGCGGAUUGCACGACACUCAAUUAUGGAGGAUCGUGUAACGGGAUUGGAGCGAAAGGUAAUAUAUCGUAUGCAUUCAACAGUUAUUAUCAACUGCAAAAGCAGAAUCCGCGGAGCUGUGAUUUUGAUGGGCUCGGGAUGGUUACGUUCUUGAAUCCUUCAAUCGGAGAGUGCAGAUUUCUUGUUGGGGUUAAUGAUCAUGCUGCUAGUGAUCAUCAUGCUGCUUCAUCAGGUUUUAGGUUACAGAACAUUUGGAUAUCAGUGUUAUUGAUUAUUAUUAUUUGGGAUGCUUGGUUAUUCUUGAUGUGAUUUGGAGGUUUUGGUUAGUGGGAGUUUUCAGAGUUCCAUCAUUUGGAGCUAGUAGCUGGUAUUAAAACAUGAAAUCAUACUGCAUAGGGUAGGUCUUAUAGUAGUGUUAAGUAGUUUGAGUAUUCUGUGUACAACUUAUGUAUGGGACUUGAUGAUUUAUACUCAAGAGGUAGACAUUAUAUAACUUAUAAUAUGAAGUUCCCUCCCAA